AUGUUCAUUCUUUAUAUUAUAGGGUUAGUAUUAGCUGAAGUUUCUGUUAUUCAAUUUAAUAAUCUUGGUUAUACUGGUUAUUAUUCUGAAGUUUCAGAAUUAAAUGAUAUUGAUUCACAUUCUUGUUCAUGCCAAGUAAGUUCCGAUGUCGUGAAAUUUUCUGGUCCAAAUGCUCCAUUAAAUGAAGAAGUUAGUGUUCAUUUUAGAGGUCCUAUAAUUUUAAAUAGAUUUGCUUCAUAUGUGUCGGAUAAUUUUACAUUUAAUGAAAACUCUGGAAAUUGGACAAGAAUAAGUUAUUAUGAUGAUCAACGACAAGUUGCCGAAAAUGUUACUUUCCUUACAAAAGCUGGUGAGGAUUCAAUAUGUUUAGGUAGAGCUUUGACUUAUGCUGAUUCAGAUGGUGUUUCAAAAGCUAAUAAAUCAACCAUACUCGGAGAAGAUACUUUAAUUGGAUCAAAUGAAGAAUAUGCUAUAUUUUCAAACAUUUCUUGUGGAGAGUCUGGUUUAAAUAAUGAUUGUGGUGUUUAUAGACCUGAUAUUCCAGCUUAUCAUGGAUUUUAUGGUACGACAAAAAUGUUCUUAUUUGAAUUUCAAAUGCCAAAUGAUACAAGUGGAGCAAAUAUAUCAAAUUAUAAUAUGCCUGCAAUUUGGUUGUUAAAUGCAAAAAUUCCAAGAACUUCUCAAUAUUCUCAAAAUGUAAAUUGUUCAUGUUGGAGAUCCGGCUGUGGUGAAUUUGAUAUUUUUGAAGUUAUGAAUACAACUGAAUAUUUAAAUUUAUAUUCAACUUUACAUGAUUAUCAAGGUACUGAUGAUAUUGAAAAUGGUUUAGCUGAAGGUUAUAUGGAAAGAGAUUUAAAUAAUAUAAUGGUCGGUGGUGUUGCUUUUGAUUCUGAAGGAACUGUUAAUGUUUGGUUAUCAAAAGAUACAAUUUUUGAUAGUUCAAUUUCUGCAAAUGUUGUUAAUUCAUGGCUUGGUAAAAUUGAUGAUGAUGCUGUUACCACUAGCUUAAGUUCAAUUAGUUUAGCUGCUCCAACUGGUUCGUCAACUGGUUCAUCAAGUAAAAAAAGUGAUGGUGUAAUUUAUCAAGCGGGUUUAUGGACUCAAUUGUUAUUUGGAUUAAUUUGUAUUAUAUAG